CGUUAUUAAAUUUUGUUUUUAUUUGCGUACGGACAUAAGUUCCUAAAUGUGUCAGCCAAAGAUCAAAUUGUUUUCAGGAUCAGACAGAGAUCAUCGAGUGCGGAUUUUUCUCGGAGAGAUGUCUCUUCGUGCUUUCUUGCUCGGCGAGGCAUUGACCUAAACCCGCUUAAUAAUCUCCGACGAAGAUCCAGGACACACUCGGCGUUAAGAGGGGAAAGAACCAAAAAUCAAACAAUCAUGUGGAUUUCGAGGUUGAAGAGAGUUAGGAGAACGAUUAUGGUUCUGGGCGUUGCCAAUUUCGUCGUGAUUGUUUCCGGCUGCGUUCUUACUCUCGUUUCUGACGCAGAUUGCGACAGCCCCGGACAACUAUUUCCCCUCUUCGCCGUUUGUUUCGCUGCCGGCGUCAAACUCGCCGCCAUGGUUAAGGUCGGUACUACUCAGGAACUCAUGGCUAUGACCAUUAUGGAUUCUCCUACUCAGAACAACCACCAAAGAAAGUUGAAGUAUAAGACCUGGCUUUGGUGGACUCGGUUUGCAAUGGUGAUUACUGUAUUGCAAUUUAUUGGUGCCACUUACCUUUUAUUCCGUCUCGCCAAAUAUGUUUCCCGUGAUGGAUUGCCAAGGAAUUGCGUUUUAGGGUUAUCUCCGGACACUGGUGGGUGGAAGCAAACACUUCAGGUUACCUUCUUGAUCACUGUUUGCUUUGUUGCGCUGGCACAAUGCUUUACGGGAUCAGAUAUAUUGCAAUGGCGGUCUUUCUAUGCAACCCAAGAUGAUGCCUGGAAAGCUCACUACCAGGAAGUAUUUGACCAUGGAAUUCGUGAAGUUUUGUGCUGUCUUGGACGUCGUGAAUAUAUGGGUGUUAUUGAGGAAGACGAAGUGUGUUCAGUUGCAAGACUCUUAGGUGAUCUUGUUUCAUAUCGUGCAUCUGGCACUGGCCAUUUGGAAUUUUUGGCAGGCCUUGCUCUGCUGCAAAGUAAUAGCCAGUUUCCUGAAUCAUAUGAGGACUGUAUGGAAGCUCCAGCAUUUCAUCUUCAGGAGGCUGCUAUGUUGCAUAAAUUUGCAGAAGCUGCUUAUACUGGGCCGCUGCUUGAUGUUGGGAGAAAUCCUGCUUUAUUUUUAUGCACAUGGAUUUGUAGACAAGGGAUUUUAACACCUUGGAGCCGUAAAUGGCGGCCUAAACUUGAUGGUGAUAAUUGGUGGCGAGGUCAUGCAGCUGCCUUCCUUAAGUUCAUAAAUUUUCCUGCUCAUGUUCUUCGACGAGGCCGAAUUUGUAGGGAGAAGUGUAAAGCAACAUACUUUGUUGUAGUCUUACAUUAUCUUAGAUGUGUUGUAAUUGCUGUUCGAGGAACUGAGACGGCUGAAGACCUCAUAACUGAUGGUUUAGGCCGUGCGUGUUCACUAACUGUUGAGGACUUGGAUGGGCUAACAAAUCAUGUACAUGGUAUGGAUACAUCUCGCAAACACUAUGGACAUUCAGGAAUAGUGGAAGCUGCAAGAGAUCUAUUUAUGCAAAUAGAAGGAGACCCCAAAUCUGGAGAGUCAGAAUCAAGUGGGUUCUUGUCCUCAUUGAUUGGUGAUGGUUGUGAGUGUGAUGGCUACAGCAUUCGCAUUGUUGGGCAUUCUUUAGGAGGUGCUAUCGCCUCAUUACUGGGAAUUAGACUUCGUUGCAGAUUCCCUAACCUAUAUGUAUAUGCCUAUGGACCUCUCCCAUGUGUAGAUUCGGAUGUGGCAGAGGCAUGUUCAGAAUUUGUUACAAGCAUUGUACUCGAUAACGAAUUCUCAUCACGACUUUCAUAUGGAUCAAUCCGCCGGCUCCAAGUAGCAGCAAUCAAAGUACUGUCUCAAGACCCAAAAGCUGAUACAGCACUCAUUUUCAGACUCGCACGCCGGUUCUUGUCUGCAAGCAAACGCCAACGAGAAAAUGUUGAAGAAAAAACUUCAGAAGAAGCAAUAGAUGUUAACAAUUCACCGGAAAGCCAACACGAUCAAAUAUACCCAAUAUGGGAAGAAGCUGAAGCAGAAAUGCAGCAAGAUAGCGAAGAGUUCAUAAACCCAUUUCACGGUAUGGCCUCAGAGGAUAAUCCCGUGUCUCAGUUUAUGGAAACAGGACCAACAAAAGAAGACGAUGAUGAAGCUCCAGAGAUGUUCAUGCCCGGUUUAGUCAUUCAUAUUGUACCCGAAGGAAACAACAUGAGUGUGCCGAUAUGGCGAGGAUGGCCAAUCUGUGAUGUGACGGAUGGUUACAAAGCUUAUGUUGCAAACAGAGAGAGCUUCAAAGAAAUUAUGGUUUCUCCAUCAAUGUUCCUUGAUCAUCUUCCUUGGAGAUGUAGACACGCGCUGCAGAAGGUUCUAGAAUCUCGGAAUCUCUUCUUCGAUCUGACAAGUGAGACUGAUAUAGUAUAACACAAGACAUGAACAGGUUUCUCUAAACUUCGAUUGAACAACACAAUGUGCAUAUAUGUUCUUCUUAUUGAAACAUCAAACAACAUAAUGAAUGAACUUUUCAUAUAUAUCUUCAAAAUCAAAUUCGUUUUUUUUUUUUAUAAAGUUGUUUGGAGGCCACUAAGAAUUUCGAGAUGCUUGUACAACUGUACAAGGGAUCGAAUCGAAC